AUGAAAUAUUUACUUUUUAUUUCUUUAUUUCCAAUAGUCUUUUCUGUGGAAUGUCACGUGUGCUCGGGCGCUGACUCGACAACAGGAAGAUUAAAGGCGAAUUUGAGGAAUGCUAUGUUCGCCAAAAGGAUCCCAAAUCCGAAAGGAUCGGGCAAUUGCAAUUCAAAGGCGAGCACGAGCACUUGUACUGGAGAAGUUUGUGUGAAAGAUGUUGUGACCUAUAAAUUCAAGUAUCGCUUUAGCAUUUAUUAUUUUCACACUUACACGAAAUAUUGCGGGAAAAACACAACAGCACAAUUGCCAAAUUCCUGUGUUCAAACGGGGAACCAAGCUGUGACUGAGGAUUAUGUGGCGACUCCCAAUCGUUGUAUCUGCAAUGACAAGCAAUACUGCAAUGCGAAAGAUCUCGUGGCGGCGAGGCUCAAAUUGCAGUCACAAGAC